AGUCCAAUCGAAUCCACCAGUCCACUGGUCCGACUUCAUCAGUGGCUUGCAACCGACUUGCCCCGUUUGCAAAAGUUGGAGCACGGUCGUCUGGAGAUCGAGCAGAAGCUUCGACAAUUGCUGUCACGUUUGACUGGUGAUAACGCAUCCCAAAUGAGUGAAGUCAAAGCUGGAUUGGAAGAAAUCAGGCCAGAGCGUAUUCAACGAUUAUUUGCUAAUUUAAAUCGAUACAAAUCGAUUGUGGAUCAGUAUGAACAAAAGGUGACUCAAGUCACACAGUCAGUGACGGAAUUUGAAUUUCGUCGAGACCGAUUACGUGAUACCGAGGUUCAAAUAAACUUAACCGAUCUAGACGAAGGGAUACUAACCACGCAUCGUUUAGACGAGCAAAAGUGGCGGAAAUUGUCGGACGAAAUUGAAGCCUGUAAAGUGGAUCAUCUUCCCGAGCUGAUCAAUUUGGAAAACCAGUUGCCGAUCAAAUUGCCAAAGCUGAUCUCGAAUGAACUACAGGAACGAUUACACCAACUGCAUAUCGAUGUCAGCAAACAAUUAGAGACCAAUAGUCGAAUGAACGCGUCUCGUACACGUUUAGCCACGAUCAUUAGAUCAUUCCAGGAGGCUGUAAUCAAGGCGCGAACCGAUUCUGGGAAGAUUUUGCACCCAUUAGCUAUUCGACCGACGGAAGUGGAUGGAAAAUCCAAACCGACGGAACUAUGCGACAGCGUACAAAGAGACUUGGAUAAUGUAAUUAAACGAUGGACAGCAUAUCGAACAGAAACCAUGCGACGACUAAACGAGGCGUGGCAACAAAUUGUCACUGAGGCCAAACAAUUGGAAAUCAGUGAAUCGGUACAAGACACAAACGUGUAUGCAACGUUUCUGGAUUUACAGAACGACGUGAAUCAGAUAGAGGAUGAGUUGCAAAGCCUGGGUGGACAGGUUAAACAAUUACGCAAUCAAUGGACCGAGUCUGAUGACCGGAAUUUUGAGGCUCCGCAAUUUACUGAACAGAACAUGAUCAAUGUAGACCACAUUGUAGGAUCGUCAUCGAUCGGUUCCAUGUGGUUAGCGCGUGAUCCGGUGAACAUGAUGACCCGGUUACCUUCUGAGAAGGAGCUAGUAGAAGAAGCCAAACAGAAUCUGACACGCUUGCAAUCACAGUUGACAGUCUAUCAGAAACAGGCACAGCAUUGGGAGGUGAGGUACAAGAACUUAGUCGGACAAAAAGCUCUCAAUGAGGAGUUAAUCACUGGUCUAUCUGAUGUUCUUCAAAAUAUGCAUAUUUUGGCCACUCAGGAACUGGAUGAACCUAGUCUCGGGGGAAGGGGAAAGGAUAAUUCACGCGAAACUAUCGACAAGGUAGUGAGCGUUCUUCGUACACGAUAUCAAUCUGCGCAGAAUGAGGUAAACGAUUCGAUACAGAGAGAGCAGACACGGAUUGCACAUUUGAGUCGUUUGAUGCAAUCGGUCAUGGAUUUGGAUGCAUGGCAUUUGGAAUUCCAUGCUCUAUUAACUCGAUGGCUAAAAUCUCACUCAGACGGAUUGGGCAAACCGAAUGUGGAGAUGAGUCAUCUCAAAUUCAACAUUGCCCAAGGGCAAGCCUGUUUGCAGUCGAUUCAGGAUUGGUCGAAACAACUCUCCGCGGUUGAUUCGUCCAAAUCGACAGAAGCGUUUAUUCGCACUCAAGUGAAUCGAGCCAAUCAGAUUGUGAGUUUGGCCUCAAGCCAGCCGGACAAAUUUCAGUCAGAUCUAGAGUCACGUGGCCACACGGCCAAGCAAGUUGUACAGGAUAUUGAUCAGCUGAGUGAAAAAUUGUCCUCGUGGCAACAAAAGUUCAAGGAGCUGAAAUGUGACAGUAUAAAGCUGAUUGCCACAGCAUCACAAGACUAUGACAGUUUGCGUCAAAUCGGGUCCCAACUGUCCAGUUGCCAAGACAAUUUGGAGGAACAUAGUUCGGAACUUCGAACUAAUCGUGCACUAUUUGAUCAGAAGCGUAAAGGCUGGCAAUCGAUCGAUCCCGCAACGAAGGUUCAAGCUGAUGAGUUGGAGAAACGUUUCUAUGCGUGUGAAAAAGCUGCUGAAGACCUUAGCCGAAGUUUGGAGCAAAUUAGAACACGAUUUGUGGAUGUGAACAGUUUGAUCCAACGUUCAAGGCAGUGGUUGCAUGAAGUCUCUGAACAGAUUCCCAGGGCGAGAGAUACACGAAGCCCGAUUCGCCUACCACCGAAUCCAUUAGAUGUCAGCUAUCCAUCCACUGCAGUUGUUCCUCCUGUUAGUCAGAACAGAACCAAUCAGCAUCGAGCUCGAUCACGCAGUCCACCGAGGUCCAGAACACCUCCUGGCCGAAACGGCACCGUGGAACCGAAUCGCACCCUCGCAACUCCCCUCGUUCGUUUGCACCGUACGCAACAUCAAGAUCGUUUGGAAUGGCUAGACCAAUUGCUGGUCGAAUUGAACUCAGCCGGAACUCGACUGAUCCAGGAGGCUCAAACACGUACUAGUCGACUGGAAACGGAAUUAGGCCAGUUUAGAUUAGAAGCAAACAGUGUGCACGAAGAGAUGGGUCGAAUUCGAGAAGAGUUCGAACAGGCUUUGUCAUAUGCAUCGUAUAUGCGCCAGGAAGUGGCCGAAACUGUGGACGCACUAAGCCAAUUCGAGCAGGGUUCUGAGAGCUGGCGUAAAUGGUACGACGGUGUAUUGACCCGUUUGAGAACAAUGGCUCAGGGCUCGCUGAUCGGUUGGACUGGCACAGAUAUAGGGGAGAGGGGUCUGGCGAAUGUGGACUAUGCGACUAUUGACUUGGCAGCUCCAUUGACUGAUACGAUUCAACGUCAUCAAGAGUUGAUCAGUCAAAUCAACAAUGGACGAUCGGAACUGGUCCGUCUGGAGGCGUUGAGCACAGAUUUGCAUGAUCGUUGCAACGAACCAUGCGCACAGCAGCGUUUGGUCCAGUUAAAGAGUCUUCAAGACACUCUGAUGGAUAGUUGUCGGGAUCUAUUGCCAAAAUUACAAGCUGCUUGUAGUGAAGAGCGAGAAUUCUACCGUGAUCUGUCCGAGUUGGAAACGUUUCUCGGGGAGAAAAAUGCCCAGUUGGAUAGUGUUUCAAGCGAAGACACCAAACUGAAUCAGCUGGAGGAACAGAAUCAAAGAAUCAAGUCCACGGUGAUCGAAUUGGAAAGGAAACAAUCGAAUUUGUUUAGUCUGAGUGACAAAACUGACCGUGUGUGCCGGGCUGCAUCCGUUGCCGCACUCGCAAUGAACAAUCUACUUCUGGUCAAUCAGAUUCAGUCCGGCCCGGACGAUCAGACCAUUCGAACGGCCAUGAUCUCUGGCGGUUUGGUGGCCAGCAGCCUGGAUGUCAGUGUGCAUGAGGGUGUUGGGUCCAAGGCGAAACGGGCAUUGAUGGAUUUACGCGAACGGUGGAAAUCUAUCAGUCAGCGGUUGGAAGAGUUGAUUGAUCGAUCUGCACAAGUGAUCACCCAACAAAAUCGCUUGACCGAGAUCCAAGACAAUCUGUCCAAGUGGUUGGAGUCUGCAGAACGUCGACUGGAACGAUUACAUCAUCAGUCUGUUGGAAGUGGGUACCAGUUCUCAAAUGGCACCACAGUAGAAAAUGCCUCAGCAACGCGGCAUCUGGGUGCCAGAUCACAUGAAACGAUGUGGAAUCAAUAUGUGGAAGCACACAAGGUGAGUGCUCAGUUAUAUUUUGCCUCGUCUAUCUGUUCGUGA